ACCCCCCUGCUCGCCGCCACCCUGCCGCCGCCGCUGCCCGAGCCUUCCUCUCCAGAUGAACCGCGAUGGGGGAAUGGACCAUCCUAGAGAGACUCCUCGAAGCCGCCGUCCAGCAGCACUCCACUAUGAUAGGGAGGAUUCUGCUGACCGUGGUGGUGAUCUUCAGGAUUCUUAUUGUGGCCAUUGUAGGCGAAACAGUUUACGACGAUGAACAGACUAUGUUUGUAUGCAACACUUUGCAGCCAGGCUGCAACCAGGCAUGUUAUGACCAAGCAUUUCCUAUUUCUCACAUUAGGUACUGGGUAUUUCAGAUCAUCAUGGUGUGCACACCCAGCCUCUGCUUUAUAACAUACUCUGUUCACCAGUCUGCCAAGCAGAGGGAAAGGAGGUAUUCCACUGUCUUCCUCACCUUGGACCGAGAUCAGGACUCCAUGAAACGAGAGGACAGUAAAAAGAUUAAGAACACCAUUGUUAAUGGGGUGCUGCAAAACACUGAAAACUCUACUAAGGAGGCAGAACCUGAUUGCUUGGAGGUGAAGGAAAUCCCCAACCCAGCUAUCAGAACAACCAAGUCAAAGAUGAGGCGGCAAGAAGGCAUCUCCAGAUUUUAUAUCAUCCAAGUGGUCUUCAGAAAUGCUCUGGAGAUUGGGUUUUUAGUGGGACAAUAUUUCCUGUAUGGAUUCAACGUCCCGUCCAUGUAUGAAUGUGAUAGGUACCCUUGUAUUAAGGAAGUGGAAUGCUAUGUCUCCAGGCCUACGGAGAAAACCGUCUUCUUGGUCUUCAUGUUCGCUGUCAGUGGCAUUUGCGUGGUGCUCAACCUAGCCGAACUCAACCACUUGGGCUGGAGAAAGAUCAAAAUGGCAGUGAGGGGAGUGCAAGCCAAACGGAAAUCAAUAUACGAAAUCAGGAACAAGGACCUGCCGCGCAUGAGCGUACCAAACUUUGGCAGGACUCAAUCUAGUGACUCCGCUUAUGUGUGAGGCUGUGUCAGAACCAGAGGACUUUUCCUAAGUAUCUCCCACCUAGUGGAAAUUAGCAUGAGGGAAAGAACUGUGCUUAAGAAAUUAUUUCCUCAAACCACCAAGAUUGCCGUUAAGGUACUGGAUCUGCACUUUCUAAACCAGACACAAAAGCAAGUGUUAAACAGAAAACUGAUGAUGAAACAGCUAUACACACACCUUUAAUCUGGCCUUACAGCUCAGUAACUUUUCUCCUAAUGAUCCAGUGCUAUUGUGCAGUGCAGCAACUUUCCAGCCAUUAUUAGAACUAGUAUAUUUGCUUGACUGACACAAACUUGUCCAGAAUGUCAUAGCUCAACAUUGCAAGGAAGCUGGGUUUUUUGGGGGGAGGGGAAGAGUUUGGGGGUGGGUGGUUUGCAGCAAUACGAAAAUGUAAGCAUGUACAUAAAAGCCAGGCUAGAGUGAGAAUUUUGCAAUGCAAAAUAUGACUGAAAAGUCUGCUGAUACAUCCAUGGGCUCUUCUCUUGGAUGCCAGACAUUACACUGUUUGUCUACAUUCACACAGUGGAUAACUGUGUAUGGCUAGCAUUUUUCUAUUAACCUUUUUUGUACAAAAACAAUUAUACAAAGAACAGUAGUGUUGAAUAUAAUUUUGCCAUUUUAAUUUUUUUAUUUUUGUUUGCCUGUCUGCUCACACC